CAACCUGAGAGGUUGAACCGCGACCCGGAAGUACUUGACAGGCACUAAAACAAGAGAACGUUCUGUUAGCAUGUCUGUCUGCUGUUAGCCUCCUCGGGAAGUUGCAAUAUUACCUUUGACCAGAGACCCCGACGGGAAAAGACACGGCGGGUUCUAACACAAUGGAGAAAUAACGCGGCAGCGCUUGUCUCAGUCUCAAGCCGCCGAGUCCGACAAUUACUAAAGCUAGUUAGCAUUAGCGUUGCUAUCGAGGCCAGAGGCUGCAGCGUUCCUCCUAGUUAUCGUGGAUGUUUUGGAGUCUGACCGAGCCGGUAUCAGGAGCCUCCUGUUAAAAGUAUCAGCGCUUGUGGGGCGGUGGCAGCAUUCGGGGCAUGGUGUUGAACUGCGAAGGCUCCGGCUUCCGUGUUAAAAGUGUCGGCAGCGUCUUGGUUUGAUGGUUUAGCGGUAGAGUCGCUCAGUAGGCUAGCUGAACAGGAAAGUGCAGUCAUGGACGAUUUUAGCUCGAUCAGUGUGCUGUCUCUGGCGAUGUUGGUGGGAUGUUACGUGGCCGGGACGAUACCUCUUGCCGUCAACUUCUCGGAGGAGAAGCUGAAGCUGAUCACCGUGCUGGGAGCGGGGCUGCUCUGUGGAACAGCCCUUGCGGUUAUCAUUCCCGAGGGAGUCCACGCACUUUACGAAGAGAUCCUGGAAGGUGUGCACCACAGCCACAGUCGGGCCGGGGUGGCGCCGGCGUCUGAGGCCAAGGGGGAAGCAGAAGCAGUUCUGGACGCCACAGGGACGCACGAGCACAGUCACGAGCAGCUCCACGCCUGCAUCGGCGUCUCGCUGGUGCUUGGCUUCGUCUUCAUGCUGCUGGUGGACCAAAUAGGCAGUUCUCACGUCCACAACUCUGAAGAUCCAGAGUCGGCAAGAGCCACUAGCUCAAAAAUCACCACUACUCUGGGUCUUGUAGUCCAUGCUGCAGCUGAUGGAGUGGCAUUAGGCGCUGCUGCCUCUACGUCUCAGACCAGCGUUCAGCUCAUUGUCUUUGUAGCUAUAAUGCUACAUAAGGCCCCAGCGGCGUUCGGCUUGGUGUCCUUCCUGAUGCAUGCUGGUCUGGAGAGAAACCGCAUUCGCAAACACCUCUUGGUGUUCGCCUUGGCUGCUCCCGUUCUCGCCAUGAUCACGUUUUUAGGCCUCAGUCAGAGCAGCAAAGAAGCUUUGUCAGACAUCAACGCCACCGGGGUCGCCAUGCUCUUUUCCGCCGGCACCUUCCUCUACGUGGCCACGGUGCACGUCCUCCCCGAGGUGGGAGGCGGCGGCCACAGCCACGCCCCGGCAGGAGGCAACGGCGGGAAGGGACUGAGCAAACUGGAGGUGGGAGCUCUGGUUCUAGGCUGCCUGAUUCCUCUGGUGCUGUCCGUCGGUCACCACCAUUAGACGCACAGCCGGAGAGCUGGUGACACGUGUACAGGGGAACGAAGCCGAUUUCAAGACUUUAGACGUUGCACAUUGAGAUGUCUUAUUGACUAGCAUCUGCUGCUGGACCCUGCGGACCAGACGGACCUCCUUGCAGGGACACCACAGGGCUUGAUUGAACCAGAGGGAGCGGUGCUGAGGGAAUCAGAGCUGAGAUAACCGAGGCACGGGGGGAUGUUUUAUCUGUUGACUCUGACUCAAUACAACUACUGUAUGUAUACAUUUACCCCACCAGGAAUCCUAUUUUGACAGAAAGUGGAUUUUUUUUUAUUUUUUUUUUAGCUCUGUGUAUUUAGAUCUAAGCAGAGUUUCAGUGUCUCGUUCCCAUGCUUGUUUAAAUUCUGCGAACCCGCUCUGGUUUUAUCGUCUUUUACAGGAUGGCUGUUGCACAGUGAGGCUCGGUGUCGGCCGAGCUUGUGGUUUUUUGUUGGUUUGUGAAAAUCACUUUUUAUAUAACUGUAGAGUGUACAUUUCUCAGACAGAUUUUUCAAGUGCCAUAACAGGGAGUGUGAAACCGGUAGCAGAAGAGGACGACAGCACCGCAGACCUUACGUUCCAGUCGCAGAUCUCCUUCUCCCAGAAAACCCAGAUCGACCAGACUAACCAGCUGGAAACAUGCGCGUUUUUAUCUGUCGCUUUUGUCAAUAAAGUUUUGCUUUCAUCGACCCUUUUUUGGAAAGAUAAAUUGUUUCUUGGCAGGUCGACGCCUGGGUUUGGUCACUUUAGGUGCACGGCUUCCUGUAACAUCACAUGCAAGCAUCCUCAUAUUCAUGAGCCCUACUUAAAGAUGGCCACCUUUUUGUUAUGUCACUUAUUUUUAUGGUUUACUUUCUGCCUCUGAUUUCUUUUUCUUGUAAACUUACUGUAAAUGAAAGCAUUCUGUACAUAUUGGUCUUAAGUGAUUGUAGACUUCAGGUGGAGGGUUCGUGUGGUGUUUCUGAAUGAACGACAGAGCUGUCUUGUAGAAAAGACUUGACCGGAUAGAAACCUCUAGGGACCACCAGCUCAGGAGAAUAGAGUGUAUUGUAUGUAGAGAACUUUUUAACACUUCAGGCGGUUCUCUCGUUAAUCAGAAGAAGCAAUAACACAAAAACGGACGGUGGGAUUGGGGCCAACUGUUUGUUUCCCUGCAGUGACGCCUGUGAAGAGCGUGUACAGCGUUGCACCUGUAAUGUGAUUCCCUAACGCAGGUCUGCGAGCCCUGCCUCUAUUCCAGUCCCAAUAAAACUGAAAUCCGUUCAAAUCUGA